ACUUCCCCCGGAAACAGGCCUGCGCGCGCCCCGUUUCCUGUUCACUACUGUACCGUACACUCUCUCCGUCUAACCGGGACAACACACACACACACACACACACACACACACGCCUUUAUUCUUACAUAAACACCUCACACUCCGGUACACGAUUCGGAUUUAAGGCGGGAGAGGAACCGGAGGCCUAGCCUAGCCUAGCUUCAGUACAUUAGCAACAUGCUAACUGGCGCUACAUUUGUUGGCCGAAACCCGUGUCGAUUUUAUUUUUAUUUUUAAUGUGUAAAAGUGAAUAUAAAUAUUUAUUAUAUUAAAGUAGAUUAGAGUGAAUAAAGUGUAAUAGAACGGCUAAGUGACUCGCUAGCAUAGCUGAACUAGCAUGUAGUUUAUUUACCCGAAAACAAAAAAAACUGGUCACGUGACAGGAAGUUGCGCAAACUGUUAUUCUGUUCACGAAAUUUGUUUUUAAUAAAAACUACGAAUCAAAAAUGUCAAAAGUAUUCGGACACCUGUACAUUUUGCUUUUUUUUUUUUUUUUCUUCAUUUCAUUCUGCGAUUAUUCCACAUCUGCGGUUGAACAUCUGUUCUUAUUCACAAACUGUGUUUUUAUCCAUUUAGACUUACAUUUCAUAUCCCUGAAAGCUUUUAUCUUGUCGCAGAUCCCCAAACUAAACGUGCUGCAGAGAAAACCUGGAUUUAACCUGCAGUUUAAUGAUCAGUAAAUGAUGCAGUACUGAAUAAACACCUGUAACACUGAACUACUGUAACUGUGGACACGGAGAAGAUGUUCCUCUAGAGUUUAUAGAGAUUUGUGGAGAGUCGUUGAAGGUGAAGGGUAAAAGAGAAGUCAGGUACUGCUGUAGGUCAGAAGAUGUCUCUGGUGGAUCUGGGGAAGAAGUUGCUGGAGGCGGCUCGCUCUGGACAGGAUGACGAGGUUCGGAUCCUUAUGGCCAACGGGGCUCCGUUCACCACAGACUGGCUGGGCACCUCACCGCUCCACCUCUCAGCUCAGUACGGUCACUACUCCACUACUGAAGUGCUCCUGCGUGCCGGCGUCAGCAGAGACGCUCGCACCAAAGUGGAUCGAACGCCUCUGCACAUGGCCGCCUCAGAAGGCCACGCCUCCAUCGUAGAGGUGUUGCUGCAGCACGGUGCCGACGUGAAUGCUAAGGACAUGUUGAAGAUGACGGCUCUGCACUGGGCGGUUGAACAUGGACACGGUGAGGUGGUGGCGCUGCUGCUGAGGUUCGGUGCUGAUGUUCACGCCCAGAGCAAAUUCGGCAAAACGGCGCUCGAUAUCGCGCUCGACAACAACAACGAGGACCUGGCAGAAAUCCUACAGGUGGCCAUGCAGAACCAGAUCAACACAAACCCAGAGAGUCCCGACAUGCUGACCAUACACACUUCCUCACCUCAGUUUAUCAUCGGACCAGGGGGCGUGGUCAACCUCACCGGCCUCAUCUCACCAUCUAACACUGGUAAACCUGCAGUGAUGGGCACUGAAGAGGUUGUGAACGCAGAUUCCGUUGAUGGCGCCAUUCAGCAGGUCGUGACCGCCGGAGGACAGCAAGUUAUCACCAUAGUAACCGACGGCAUUCAGCUGGGAAAUCUGCAAGGUGGCGGAGCCAUCAACCAGCCCAUAAUAGUCACCAUGCCUGAUGGGCAGCAAGUGUUGACCGUUCCAGCCACAGAUGUAGCGGAGGAGACAGUGGUGAGCGACGAGCCGUCACUAAAGCGAGCAAGACUAGAAGAAGGAGAAGAUGAGGAGGAAGAGGAGAACACCACCCCACCUACACAAGAGACGAAGGAGAAGGUGGCGUUGUUGAAGCAGUUGGAGGAGGCCAACAGAGAGGCGCAAAAAUACAGACAGCAGUUCCUGAAGAAGGAGCAGGAGGCUGAAGCGUACCGCCAAAAACUGGAGGCCAUCACACGCCAGGGGGGGAAGAAACCGGCAUGACACACACACACACACACACACACACACACACACACACACACACACACACAUACAUACAUACAAAGACACACACAGGCAUGCAAAAAAAGCAUGUGUCUGUGUACCUGAAUAUUCAGUACAUUAUCAGGAAGACUUCUGAAUAUCCUCCAGUCCUCUGUAGGCUCCAGUUUGGAAUUUCAGCUAAAUGAAACACGUCCUACUCAGAAAGCCUUUUAGAGACCCCUGUUUCCACAUGAUUUUUGUUUGUUUAUUUUUAAACGUAUCAUUAUGUAGAGUAAAGGUUUAUAUUGGUACACACACACACACACACACACACACUAAUGUUUUUGGUGCAUUUUUUAAUAGACGUUUGUUUAUGUCCAUCAGUCAGAACCCUGAGAUCCGUUCACUACCUAGUGGGAGAGAAAGCAUUAAUAUUUAGUGCACGUGUGAAAUCAAACAAUGCAGUGCAGUACGUUUCACUCCAGUCCCUCAUACAGAAUACUGAAUGUAGGGGAUGGGAUUAGAGGGUUAUGAGAUGGGGAUUAGAGGGUUAGGGGAUUAGGAUUAGAGGACAGGGAUUGGGACUAGAUGGGAUUGGAUGGGAUUGGGAUUAGAGGGUUAUGAGAUGGGGAUUAGAGGGUUAGGGGAUUAGGAUUAGAGGGACAGGGGAUUGGGACUAGAUGGGAUUGGAUGGGAUUGGGAUUAGAGGGUUAUGAGAUGGGGAUUAGAGGGUUAGGGGAUUGGGAUUAUGGCACCAUUGUGUAUUUCUUUUUCACCUGACUGUGAUGAAGUGAACAUGGACUUUUAAAUAAAACCCCAAUCACAUGUGAACAUGUGGAAUAAACAACAAUGUACAGAG